AGUGCCUGGUGCCUGAGGUGGGAGGAUGUGAUGACGCUGUGCCCCUGCGCAGCGGGAACUUGGGCCUUUAAAAAGCUGAGGAAACAGCCUGAGCAAGCAGUGGCUACACUGGAGGAAAGCACACCCAGAUCUCACAUUAAAGAAGCCAAACUGUCUGCUUCAAAGAGAAAAGGCAACAUCCUGUCACAGGCCAUGCUCUGGCAAAAACCCACAGCUCCAGAACAAGCCCCGGCCCCACCCCGACCGUACCAGGGUGUUCGUGUGAAGGAGCCAGUGAAGGAACUGCUGAGGAGGAAACGUGGCCAUGCCAGCAGCGGGGCAGCAGUUGCACCUACUGCGGUGGUGCUGCCCCAUCAGCCCCUGGCCACCUAUACCACAGUGGGUCCUUCCUGCCUUGACAUGGAGGUCUCUGCCUCCACAGUGACGGAAGAGGGGGCCCUGUGUGCCGGCUGGCUCUCUCAGCCAGCCCCCACCACCCUCCAGCCCCUGGCCCCGUGGACGCCCUAUACCGAGUAUGUGUCACAUGAAGCUGUCAGCUGCCCUUACUCAGCUGACAUGUACGUGCAGCCAGUGUGCCCCAGCUACACGGUUGUGGGGCCUUCUUCUGUGCUGACCUACGCCUCCCAGCCGCUCAUCACUAAUGUCACGACCAGAAGCGCCGCCCCGCCCACAGUGGGUCCGCAGCUGGAAGGCCCAGAGCACCAGGCACCUCUCACCUACUUCCCGUGGCCUCAACCCCUGUCUACACUGCCCACCUCCACCCUGCAGUACCAGCCUCCGGCGCCAGCCCUGCCCGGGCCUCAGUUUGUCCAGCUCCCCAUCUCCAUCCCUGAGCCAGUUCUUCAGGACAUGGAAGACCCAAGAAGAGCCAUCAGUUCCCUGACCAUCGACAAGCUGCUUUUGGAGGAAGAGGAGAGCGAUGCCUAUGCGCUCAACCACACGCUCUCCGUGGAAGGCUUUUAGGGUGGCUCCCGCCCACCUGAGAAUCUAGUCGCCUGAAACUGACGUGGCACCUCAGAUUCAUGUCUGUCUGGAGUUGCCAUUUCAUGACUACACCUUUUACCCAAAGCUAGAAUUGCAGAUUGACGUCGACCUUCCUCCCUCCCUCCUUCCUUCACUUCUUCCCUCCCUCUCUCCCUCCCUCCCUCCCUCCUACUUUGUUUCCCUUCCUCCCUCCUUUCCUUUCUCUCUUCCUUUCUCUUUUUCAUCAACCCCCUAUUUCAGUUACUGUUUGGGACGGAAUUGUAGGAAUUUUAGAAUACUAUUUGAUGCCAAGUAUUGCAUAUCUGUGGCCCAGGUGCUUUUAUUUCUGCCACAUUUCAUUUCUGGAGAAGGAUCCUUCUCUGGAGUGCCCACUGCUUCAUUGGAGCAGCAGCCCUGCUGAGCCAUCUUCAUUUGAUCAGUGAUGCCCUGCCCUCUGUCAUUUUGAGAUGUACGGGGUGUCCCGCGGGAAGACUGGCCCUGCCAGCACCUUCAAGGGUAGCCCCAAUGCCAAAGUUCUUGAGGUGUCCGUUCUCACAGUUGCUCCUUCUUUCGCUGUUCUCAGCAUGGGCCAGAUUUAUAGUCUAGGCCUCAGUCUCAAGGCCUGGGGCUCAGCGGGGUGGUGGGUGAGGGUAGGGGUGAAAACGGAACCUCAGAGUGGGUUGGGGCAUGGUCAGAGGGACAGAGGAGGGAUGCGUACAUGCUGUGUGAAUAUGGGGUGUGUGUAUAUGGUGGGGGGGUGUGUGGGGGAGGGAGGGGUUUAGUUUUACACAAGAGGAAUGAUUUGGCUCCAGAUCACUUGGUUAUUACGAAGGAGAAUAAAUUAAAGAAAGAUACUGCCUUGAUAGGUGAUUUUGCUAAUCUCCAGCAGAUACUUGCAAGGAAAACUGAGCUCUUAUAAUCAGGACAAGUGAUGUGUCUGGCUAUUUCUUCCCAUGUCCAGACCCUCUGAGGUGCUGUGUGUACGCCAACACCCACUGAAGCUCAGUGAUGACUGGAUCCUUGCUUAGUGCUGUCACAUCUGCUUCUUUAGUGUCUUAAAGCCUACAUAAGCCACCAUCCUGUGGUACCAAGGCCUCCUCCCCAAGCAGUAUCCUUCUUGGGAACUUCUAGAGCCUCAGCCAGAAGUACCAUUGCGUUUCCUUUCCAUUUUUUUUUUUUUUCUGGAGAAACAUCAAAUAUGUGGAGGCCUGGGCACAGUUGUCACUGGGGUGCUUAGCUCCUGACACUGGCUUGUGCUUUGGGAACUGGCACACCAGUCUGCUAAUGACAUCACUGUCGCCAUUAGGUAGACAUAUUAGUUGGUGUAAUCCAUGUAGAAGUAAUGGACUUUUCUGGGACAUGACAGUUCCUUUGACAUUUUUUUUUUUUUUUUUUGCCAUUUAAAAUAAAAACUCUGGGUAAAGCUGCCUUUAAAAACAUUUUUUUCUGCUUUGGAUUUAUUUUGACCCAAAUUUCUCAGUAUCUGCCUAAAAUCCUAAUACAAAUAUCUUGAAUUAUUUUUAUUCAGACUUAAUUUUUAGAUUUAAAAGCUUAUGACAGCAUUUUAGAUGACUAAUUUCCAUCUUUGUUGCUAGUGAUGGUAAAUAGCCAGGUGUGGGGGGACAGUCUCAGGCCUGUUUGAUUAAAAGCCUUGGUUUCUUAUAGAAAACACUAUGCAAAAUCGUUUAGCUUACUGUUUGAGGAUUUGCGAGGAUGCAGAAGCAAUCCCCAUAAGGGAGUGUAAAGCUGGCAAAAACUAGUGAAGAAAUAAAGUACUUUACAUAUUUGCUAAGUUUUAAAUGGUGUCUUUUUUUCUUGUUAUCUUGAGGUAAAAUGUCUUGGUUGCAGUAGUCCAUCUAGCUUUCUUCCUGGGUUUUCCUGCUAAGAUGGAAACAUUUUCAAUAAAGACUUGCUCAGA